UUUUUAUCAAGCUUGGCGGUUGUUGGAUGUAUUGAUUUGUCCACGAGGAUGCGCAUUGUGCCCUCCACCUCUUCUACACCACCAUCGCUUCGUUUGUAUGAAUUCUACGUCGUAAAACGCCAAAACCGUGAAUACCCUUCCUCGUCUAUCCCACGUAUUUAGGCAUUGGACCAUCUCAGGAAUAUUCCUCCCACUAUUCACCCCACCUAGUGCAGCUACGGGGACGCCACUCUUGAUUUCCUUAGUCUUCCCUAGGCACUCGGCAGGCCAGUACCUAGUACAAUUUAUUUGAAAAAAAAAAAAUUAUUAUUAUAAAUCAUUUAACCAACACUUCACUUGAACUCGUUGUUAUCGCAGCAACAAUCGGCUGUAUAAUCGAUUUGUCUAGUCGACUAAAUUGAAAGUAACGAAAGAAUUGGUUGACAAAUUGUUUGUGAUGUUUUUUUAUCUUUCGUGAUUGACUUUUCUGUAAUUUUUGAUUUUAUGACAGUGAGAAUGACCAUUUCGAGUGGGGAAAUCAGGCGUUGAUAGUCAAGAAGUUGGGGAAACUGAUGGGCAGUGGUCGUUGAGAGAAUGAUAAAAUAAUUUCAAUGCAAUUAGAUUUUUUUCGGUGGAUUAAUGAAAUUAAUUCAAUAUGACGAAUCGUGAUAUUGCUUAUGUAUCCGAGGCACAUGGUCACAAUUAAACAACUAUUUUUCGAUGAGAUAAUUCAGUGCUCACAACAAUCAUUCGAUAAGUUGAAACGACAAUUUCUAUUUAAAGGGCGCUGAGGAGAUUUAUCGUCCUGGAUGCAACGGACUUAAGCUGAUUUGAAAUUAUUUACAGAUGAGGUAGAUGAGAGGAGGUAUCCAUUGACAAUACAGACUUCAGGCGCAUUAAAAAAUCAAUUAAUGAAUAAAGAACGAGAAGAUAAAUUCAACGUUUUGUUGUAAAACAUUGUUCUGAUUCUACUGGUGUGGAAGUUCUAUGAAAAUCAUUCAAUGACAGUGUGAAUAAUGGAGAGAAAAUAAAUCUUCACUGAAUGGUUGAUAAGUCACGAUAUUUACAACAGAAAUUGUGCGAGAAGAGAUCAUAAACGUGGAACAUAUCGCUGCAAGUCAAUCACUAAGAAAUUGCCUUCAAAAUUGACCGAAUAAAAAUAACGAGUCGAAUGCGAAACGAUUUUUUUAUUAUUAUAUUUAGAGAAAUGAGAAACAACUGUAGCACCUGUUGAUAAAAUACAUGAAGAGAAAUUAGAGGUAGAAGGAGGGGGCAAUAAUAAAGAAGAUAAUUAACAUGGAAAAUUAGUCAACAGAUUGAUGAAGUAGAUAAUUGUUAGGAGAAUAAAUGGACUAUUUUUUUCCCUUCACGCUUACACCAACAGUACUAGUUAAUUGAUUGCGUUAAUCGCAAAGCACCGAAUCAAAUAAAAGUGAUGAUCGUAAACUAAAGGACGAUAAAUAUUAUUGAAUAAUAAAUAUGAUGAAGUACACGUUUAUGAAUACACAUAUCUACGUAGAAAUGAUGUUGUUGAUUAAGAGUCUAUUUUAAUGAAUAAAAACAGAGAAAUAAUUCAGAGAUAAAUAUAAUUUGCCAGUUGAAUAAAGAAAGAUAAUCAGAUAUCGUUGAUAAUUAAUAAGUGACUGACUGAUUUCCAUUUGAUUUUUUGCCUGAGACUGAUAGAACUAAUUAUUAUUCAGUGCUAAGUUACGGAAAGAGAGAAAACGUUGCGUUUUUUUAAAGACGAACAGCAUCUGAAUAUUGUCGAGGGCUAAAGAGUGAAAAAUAUAUUAAAUAAAAUAAUAAAAAUGUACGAAGGAGGACUGGCUACUGACCAUCAGAUUUCCACCCUCGUGUCGCAUAGAGAACGGCCACUAUGCUCCGACCGGAGUCUUCGGGCUGUUGCGAGGGUUGGACAGGCGGUCAACCUGGCCGUAGAAAGAUUUGUUACUGUUGGAGAAACAAUCGCAGAUGACAAUCCUGAAAUCAAGCAGACGAUGUAUGAGGCGUGCAAAGAAGCACGAGUAGCUGGUUCAACAAUAGAGAAAUUAUGCGAAUGUGCAAUGGAGGACAGUCUGGCCGACAGAGGAUCAGUGGUGCGAGCCGCCCGCUGCCUCCUGGGCUCAGUCACCCGGGUCCUCCUGCUAGCUGACAUCGUAGUUGUGAAACAGUUACUCCUCGCCAAAGACAAAGUGGCUCGCAGUCUGGGGCGGCUCGAAAGUGUCUCAAAUUUCACGGAAUUCGUGAAAGCAUUCAGUCAGUUUGGAGCUGAGAUGGUCGAGUUGGCUCAUCUAACUGGUGAUAGGCAGAACGAUCUGAAGGACGAAAGGAGGAGAGCGCAGAUGGCAGCGGCGCGACAAGUACUUGAACGAAGUACAAUGAUGCUUCUCACAUCCAGUAAAGCUUGCUUGAGGCAUCCCGAGUGUCCAUCAGCCAAGGAAAAUCGGGACACUGUAUUCUGUCAGAUGAGACGAGCUAUGGAUUUAAUUCACUACGUUGUCAAGGAUGGUGUGCUUGACUGCAGUGAAUCACAGUCGUACUCAACUUCUCAGAGCCCUCAACACCAGGAUUGGGACAGCAGCACGGUUUGUUCAGCGUUGAAGCACUUCGAACGACUGGUGGAAACGACCAGGAUGACGUUAAUGGUCCCUGGGUGUAGGGAUACGUUGACGUCAGCAUUGGAUACUGUAGUAGAGAGGACACAAGACUUCACUGAUAGCGCUUAUACGACUCAUGAGCACAGAGAGAAUAUUUUACUUCUUUGUGAUCGAUCAAAACUUGAGCUCAAUACGUUUCUAAGAGUGGGAAAUAGCAUGCAAAAUUUUGAUAAUACCGCUGCAUCACCAAAUUCCGAACUGGAACAGGCAGUUCUCGGUGUCCUCAGAGCCACUAGAGAUCUCCGACAACAAUUAGUCACAACCACAAUGGAACAAGCCGGUGACCUCGGCCAAGUGACCAAAGGUGGACAGGAAUUGGUUGCAACAAUCAGAAAUUUAGCACUUGCCAGUGAAAUUGAUCGUCUCCAGGAGAGUAGUGAUCGUUUUCACGAGUAUCUCGAGCAUAUUCUCGAAGUGUGCAAAUUACUUAGGCAUAUUGCCUUGUCCGAAUCACUCCAGGUAUCGGCCAAGUUCACGGAAAUUAAUCUCAGAAUUUAUGGACCACAAGUGGUAACAGCUGCGCAUACACUAGCCAGAUAUCCAACCAGUAAAAUUGCCAAGGAAAAUCUUGAAGUUUUUGCUGAUAUGUGGCAGUGGCUGAUGUCAGACGUAACAACAGUAGCUAAAGAUGUAUUAGAAUUGAGUCAGAGUCGACCAGAAAAGCAAGUCUACAUGUCUCUUCCAAGGCCAGGUAAACACGGAACAACCAGCAAACCAUUGAAACCAGUGAGACUCGACAGCGAGGAGCAAGCGAAAAUAGCUAAAGCUGGACUAGAAAUGAAGCUGAUAACGUCGGAAAUGGACGCUGAGACUGAAAAAUGGCAGGAGAGUGGUUCUGCUCUAGAAGAAAAUAACGAUAUUGUGAAAAGGGCAAAAAAUAUGUCUUCCAUGGCCUUUUCCAUGUACCAGUUUACACGUGGUGAAGGUGCACUUAAGACUACCCAGGAUCUUUUCACACAAGCUGAAUACUUCGCUGAAGAGGCUAAUAGAUUGUACAAAGUUGUCAGACAAUUCAGUUAUCAGGUACCCGGUGGUGCUCACAAAAAAGAUCUACUCGAAAAUUUGGAUCGAGUGCCAACUUAUGUUCAACAACUCCAAUUCACCGUUAAAAAUCCAACAGUUGGGAAAGCAGCAACAUUCACUAAAGUGGACAAUGUCAUACAGGAAACAAAAAAUUUAAUGAAUGUUAUAUCGAAGGUUGUUACCACCUGCUUUGAGUGUGCAACAAAGUACAAUCUGGAUUUCCGAGGUUUGUCAGCUCGGGGACCUGGUGGUUCACCGUAUAGGGGCGACGGUUCAGGGGCUGAUGGAGAUGGUACUGGGGUUGGUGCUGAUGGCACCAAGAGUGGAUCAGCACCAGGUAGCGAUCCGUCUGUCUGACAGUUUGGGAUGGCCCGAAGGGCCAAAGGGGAUGCGCGUCGUACUCGUGUUUCGUUUUUACUUUUUUAAACAGUAAACACCGGUUUUCGAUUCCUUCUAUUAUUUAAAUAGAAGAAAUCAUCGAUUCGCUUUCAAAAAUCAUUGAUUAACAUUUUCAAUGGCCAAAAUAUUGAUUAAACAUCGGAUGCAGCCGAAGCAGCCCAGAAAUUAUUUGAAUUCUCGAGUUUCGAGGGGAUUUCAAAUAUUUUUAGGCGACUGUUCGGAUUUUUUGAAAUGGUAAAAAGAGAAAUUGUGAUUGAUUGUGGGGGAAAUGAUGAAAAUCAAACCGAGUACGAACCAGGGGAGCUUUUAAGACUCGACGAAUACUAUAAACUCCGUUUCUAAUGCGAAAAAUAAUAAAGAACAAAGUAUUUUUAAUUAAUAAUAAGUUCAUUAAGGAUUACUAUAGCAUGGUUAGAUUGGCUAGUUAGUUCAUUUAUUUUCAAUUUCGUCUCGACGUGCGGAUGGGACGAGCGUAAAUCAGUAGGUAAAGUGUUUUCUGAGAGCAGUGGUCGGACCUUAGCUGUGUAGUUAGCCAUCAUUUUUUAAAUUAAAUGAAUCCUCAAAAAAAAUUAUUGUUAACGUCAAGAAAAAUCAAUUUCUACUCAACUUCAAUUUGUGAUAAAUAAAUUGCGAAGGAAAGUUUACAGAUUCGAUUAUGAAAUGAUGCUAAGUAAAUAAUUUUGUCUGAGAACAAAUUUUUCUGAGGGUAAACUGAAAUAAAUUCAGAUAAUAAUUAAUGACGAAUCAAUCACUGUCUGAAAUACGUAAUUUCAUCAUAGACAACUUUGGUACACAUGAGUGUUUAUAAAUAAUUGAAAUGAACCUCCCCGAGAAGAGAUGAAUAACUCUAGAAUAAAGGGAUCAGGUAUCCUUUCACACUGAAUGCUAUAUAAAUUUUGAUGUCUUUAAAGUUUGUUGAAUAAGCGAGCAACAAUGAACAUUUCAUUUGAAAAAAAAAUGAUAGUCUGUGAAUCUCUUGAGAAUAAGCAUAAAAUAAUUGGAUGAAUUAUAAAAUUGUUCAUUCAGGAAAAAAACAAUUAACGGAAACUUGGAACAUUAAUGAAGUUGCUCAAGAGAUAUUCUUAGUAGUUAGGAUCUGUUACACAUUUUUUCCUAAUUUAUGAAAUGAGCGAUGAUAAAUAGUGAGUCUUUGAUUUCUACAUUAAUUAAUUUGAUGAGUAAAAUUGGUGGUGGAGUGAAAAACAAUUUGUAUUACUCCACUUUUACUCCACAAAUUCAAAAUUAAAUUUAUUCAACGAAUUUGUUCAUAUCUAUCUUUAUCACUGAACGUUUGUGACGAAAAUUUAUCUUUUUUCAUUCUAUCUAAGAUAUUAAUUUUAUUGACCAAAUAAAUUAACGAAGUAUGCUUCGCCGACUUCCUAUACUUCAAUCAUAAAGGCUACAAUAAAUACGCACACUCGCAAAUCAACCUAAAAUAACAACGAUCUUCUAUUUUCAUCUCUCGUUGAAGGUGAGUUAAACAACUUUACUCUUAUUAACCAAAUGGUUAUCGCUAAAUAACUUCAGAUUUAUAUAAUCCAUUGGAUCCGAACAGCUGACCCUCAUAUUUCUGUCCUAUUCAUACUAAUGAAUGAAUUUCCAGUGGUUUAUAACCGCUUUCCUAAUUAAGAUCCAUUAUCAAUGCUUAAUUAUCUGGGAUUCAAUGCGCUAGUAAUACAAUUACUAAGAUUAUCUGCCAAUUUGAUCGACUAUUGUACUGUUGGUGACACAAUCACUGGCUAUACCAUUUCCAAAUUCAUUAUUUUUGGUUCUCGGAUUUUAUCCCCCCAGAUAAAAUUAAUUAUUCUCGUUUUUUCUGGACUAAAUCUCCCCAAAAAACCAAAAGAUCCAAAACACUGAAAUAGAUAUUUAGAAAAUUUUUCGAGGGUUAAAAUUUUCCGCCCUUUGUGAAAGGGUUUUUUAAUAUAAUUAUAGAAUUAACACGUCUUACUCUUCAUUAAUUCCUACCAUUACUUCUAUUUAUUUAUUUAUAAUAUAAUUAUUAUUUUCUAUUGUGAUCCACGUAAAUUUACUAACUGUCGUUCGUUUGCAAUUGUUGUAUUGGAAAAAAAAUUAUGUUGUUCAAAUGAAUUUUUGAAUUAUUUACUAACGGGAAUUAUACACAAUUUUUUUCAAUUUUUUUACCAUUUUUACGGUUUUUUUGUUAUUUAUAGUAAAUAUUGGUAAAUUGGAAAUUUGUGAAUUUGUUAGAUUUUCUCUUCUCUACUCAAUAGUAUUUUUCGAAGAUCAAUAAGAGAAUUGUCUAU